UUUUACUUGCAGCUCUUGGCAGCUGCUUUGCUGCUGAGUUCAGUUGCUUGUGGCCUAAGACCUCCGAGAUCCUUUUAUCGACGCAGCUACUAUGGUGCAUCGGGUCCACCUGGACCUGUGAGAUUGAUAUCGGCAGCAAGUGGACCUCCCAGCUACCGCAGCGAUCUGCAGACCAACGAAAGCAAGCGACGCGAUGUGAUCAAGAAGUACCCCAAGAAGACGCACUACAGGCCCUACACAUCGGAAGAGGAUGAUUAUUCCAGCGAGCGCUACUCGGGCGAGUAUUCGUCCGAGGCAGCUCAGGACAGUCGAGAGUACACCAUAGGCACACAGAUUCGAGUUCAGCAUCCCAUCACAGUGCCCAAGAAGGUGUCACCAAGCUCUUCGUAUCCCAAGCAUCAUAAGUACACCUCUACUGGGCCCUAUAAGAGCAGCGGCAGACCAGUCUACACGUCCGACAUCAGCUCUGGCGAGGAUCACGGUCCAGAGCCCCUUUCAUCCAAGCGAACGAAAUGGUCACCAUCACAGUUCGAAUCAGACGCAGAUCCUUUCCAUUUGGUGCCACCGCCCAAGGCAGCCGCUGCCUCCAGUCAGUCUUACAGGGUAUACGAACCCGAUCACGAUGAUUACGAGGUGCCCACACGUCCCAAGAACCAUGAACGUUAUAAGAGCGUUGCAUCUAAAAAGCAAAUCGAGGCUUUUUUGGAAGAUCAGCAGAAACUGCUCGACGAGGCCAUAAAACUGCAGUUGAUCAACAAUCCCAAAUUGCAUAAGUUCUUAAAGCCCGAUUCACAAGAGCAGCGACCUGACCUGGACAUCGAAGACUUUGAAACCUUUCCGCCAAAUUUAUCAGGUCCCGGUCCACUGCACAAUAGCUUCAGCGUGGAGCAUCCCCCACUGCCCCCUCCCAAGGGCAGUCGACCCCACAGACGCCCACCUGGCAUUGAGCUGAAGCGAUCCCCGAAACCCAAGCACAUUCUAAAGCCUAAAAGAAAGUACAGGUCAACAGCGCUGGUCAUCAAUGUUUGAGGGGGAAGAUUUAACUAACGAUAUAGUCCCUAAAUCGUACUUAUUUAAAUAUCUAUUUUAGUUUGUGUACUGUAAAAUGUAUAGACUUGUUUUAUGUUAA